AUGGAAUCUAUUCCAGUGAUGAUACAACACAAAGGCAAUUGGAUUGAAGCAAAUCAAUAUGCAAAUUUUGAAGUUAUUGGUGUCAUGAUUCCUCAAAAUUCUACAUAUUUGGAUCUUCUACAUAUAAUAGCACAAGAAAUACAAGUAAAUUUGGAAAAACAGAAUAUUGAGAUAAAAUAUCAAGUAAAGAUUCAGUAUCCACCACUCAAAAUCAGUGAUGAUUCAAGCUUCAGAUUUUACUUAGAAAUCAAGAAAAAGGAAAUCGACUUCACUAUGUAUCCUCUCUGCAUAGUAGUUAUCAGUGAUACUAGCCAGAUACAGACAAUUCUUCCAGAUGCAGCAGCAAGUAUUUCAACAGCUAUUUCAGAAUCAAACAGAGACCAAGAUACCAUAUCGAUACACGAUAGAUACAUGUUUGAUACAUUCGACGAAAUAGGUCAGUAUACAAAACUUCUUGCAAUUGAUACAAUAGACUGUAACGAUGAUCAAAAUCAAGAAUCAGUAUCAGAUCCACUACAAGAUAUAGAUCUGACAGUUGGAAAAACUUUCAAAGAUAAAGCUACUCUUCAAGCAUGCUUACGACUUCAUGCAAUCAAUAAUCACUACCAACAAAAGACAGUUAAAUCAUGCCAAAAGAACAUUUUUGUAAAAUGUAUCGAUGAUACAUGUCAAUGGUAUCUGAAAGCGUCAAUUAAUGUUCACACAAAACAGUUCAUCAUUCGUAAACAAGACAUGAACCACACAUGCCCGAUAGAGACCAGAUUCAGCAAUCAAAAACAAGCAUCAGCAUCACACAUAGCGGCAUCCAUCAAAAUGAAGUAUCUCAAUGUCAAAGCAACAUACACACCAGUAGAUAUAAGGAAUGAUAUGCAGACUUUACAUGGAGUCAAGAUCAGUUAUAUGAUGGCUUGGAGAUCAAGAGAAUUGGCAUUUGAAAUGUUAAGAGGAAAGCCUUGUGAAUCUUACAAAUCGCUGCCUACUUUUUUAUAUAUGCUUGGAACUAGAAACCCGGGAUCUAGCAUAGACAUACAAUUGAGAGAUGACAGCACAUUUUUGUAUGUAUUUACAGCAUUAAAAGCUUCAAUUACAGGAUGGCAGUAUUGCAAACCAAUAAUUGUAGUUGAUGCUACAUUCUUGAAGGCAACAUUUGGUGGCACACUUCUUGUUGCAACAGCUCAAGAUGCAGCUGGAAAGCUGUUUCCUCUAGCAUUUUCUGCUGUGGAUUCAGAAAAUGAUGACUCAUGGCAUUAUUUCUUCACUAAAAUAAAACAGGCCUUUGGAACAAGAGAAGGUAUCUGCAUUGUAUCAGAUAGACAUCUCAGCAUAGAGUCAGCUAUUAAAAGGAUUUAUCCUGAAGCUACUCAUGGCGUAUGCAUGUUUCACCUUCUCAAUAACCACAAGACAAAUUUCAAGAGAAAUGCCAAGAAACUUAAAGAACCUUUCUUUGCAGCAGCAAGAGCAUACACUGAGGUUGAAUUUGACUACCACAUGAAAGUGUUGGACAGCUUAGAUGCUCGAGUAUAA